AUGCCCAACCCCGAGAGACAUGGGGGCAAAAAGGACGCGAGUGGAGGCGCUUCUCGAACUUUGCAGCCCGGAGGCGGCGGAGGCAGCUCCAACAGCAGCGGCAGCCGAGAGCGGCACCGGCCCGCGUCGUCCAAGCACAAGCGGCACCGAUCCAAGCACGCCAAAGAGCCGGGCUCGCUGGGCCCCGAAGCCGGGACCCCGCUGGGGACGGGCAUCAAGCCCCUGGUGGAGUACGACGACAUCAGCUCGGAUUCCGACACCUUCUCGGACGACGCGGCCUUCCGAUCGGACCGCAGGGACCACGACGAUCGGCGCGGGGCCGAACGCAGCGGCGGCGGCGGUGGUGGCGGCGAUCGCCUCCAUAAGCACCGGCACCACCAGCACCGUCGGGGCCGGGAGGUGCUGAAAGCCAGCAAGCAAGGGGCCGAGAAGGAGAAGAAGGCCCAGGAUGCGUCGGGCAAGUCCGGGGCCUCCAAGGACCGGGGUUCGGGGAGUUCGAAGCGUGCCAACGAGGACAGCGAGGACUACGGGAAGGCUCGCUUAGCCAAGAGCGGCGGCGGUGGCGGCGGCGGUAGCAGCAGCAACAAAGAGUCCCGAUCUUCUUCUUCGAAACUCCAUAAGGAGAAGACGAGGAAAGAACGGGAGCUCAAGUCGGGCCACAAGGAUCGGAGUAAAAGUCAUCGCAAGAGGGAAACCCCCAAAAGCUACAAGACCGUGGACAGCCCCAAACGCAGAUCUCGGAGCCCCCAUCGGAAGUGGUCCGAUAGCCCCAAGCAGGACGAGAGCCCCUCGGGAGCCUCUUACGGCCAAGACUAUGACCUGAGCCCCACCAGAUCGCACGCGUCCAGCAACUACGACUCGUACAAGAAGAGCCCCGGGAGCACCUCGCGAAGGCAGUCGAUGAGCCCCCCGUACAAGGAGCCCUCCGCCUACCAGUCCAGCACCCGCUCCCCCAGUCCCUACAGUCGGAGGCAGAGAUCCGUGAGCCCCUACAGCCGGAGGCGAUCGUCCAGCUACGAGAGGAGCGGCUCCUACAGCGGCCGCUCCCCCAGCCCCUAUAGCCGCAGGAGGUCCAGCAGCCCCUUCUUGAGCAAACGGUCUCUGAGUCGGAGUCCACUCGCCAGUAGGAAAUCUAUGAAGUCUAGAAGUAGAAGUCCUGCAUAUUCAAGACACUCAUCUUCUCAUAGUAAAAAGAAGCGAUCCGGGUCACGCAGUCGACAUUCCAGUAUCUCACCUGUCAGGCUACCGUUGAACUCCAGCUUGGGAGCUGAACUCAGUAGGAAAAAGAAGGAAAGAGCAGCUGCUGCUGCAGCAGCAAAAAUGGAUGGAAAAGAAUCUAAGGGUUCACCUAUAUUUUUGCCUAGAAAGGAGAACAGUUCAGUAGAGGCUAAGGAUUCAGGCUUGGAGUCUAAAAAGUUGCCCAGAGUCAUAAAAUUGGAAAAAUCCACCCCAGAUACUGAAGUGUUGAAUAUUACGCAUACAAAUACGGAGGUCAAAAAUUCUUUAGAUACAGGGAAAGUAAAGUUGGAUGAGCAGUCUGGGAAGCAACCUGUUAAAGAUUUAAAAGUGCAGGGAACAAGAGACUCUAAGCCUGUAGUGCUAAAAGAAGAGAUUGUUACUCCAAAAGAGGCAGAGACUAUUGAAAAAGAGACCCCUCCUCCUCUCCCAACAGUCACUUCUCCACCUCCUUUACCAACUACUACUCCUCCACCUCAGAUACCCCCCUUACCACCUUUGCCUCCAUUACCAGCUAUUCCACAACAGCCACCUCUGCCUCCUCCCCAGCCAGCAUUUAGUCAGGUUCUCACGUCUAGUACUUCAACUUUGCCCCCUACCACCCACCCAAGGACAUCUACUUUGUCUUCUCAGGCAAAUUCUCAGCCCCCUGUACAGGUUUCUGUGAAGACUCAAGUAUCUGUAACAGCUGCUAUUCCACACCUAAAAACUUCAACAUUGCCUCCUUUGCCCCUCCCACCCUUACUACCUGGAGAUGAUGACAUGGAUAGUCCAAAAGAAACUCUACCUUCAAAGCCUGUAAAGAAAGAAAAGGAACAAAGAACACGCCACUUACUCACAGACCUUCCUCUUCCACCAGAGCUUCCUGGGGGGGAUCCCUCUCCUCCAGACUCUCCAGAACCAAAGGCAAUCACACCACCUCAGCAACCGUAUAAAAAGAGACCAAAAAUUUGUUGUCCUCGUUAUGGAGAAAGAAGACAAACAGAAAGCGACUGGGGAAAACGCUGUGUAGACAAGUUUGACAUUAUUGGGAUUAUUGGAGAGGGAACCUAUGGCCAAGUAUAUAAAGCCAAGGACAAAGACACAGGAGAGCUAGUAGCCUUGAAGAAGGUGAGAUUAGACAAUGAGAAAGAGGGCUUCCCAAUCACAGCGAUUCGUGAGAUCAAAAUUCUUCGUCAGCUAAUUCAUCGAAGUGUUGUUAACAUGAAGGAAAUUGUCACUGAUAAACAAGAUGCUCUGGAUUUCAAGAAGGACAAAGGUGCCUUUUAUCUUGUAUUUGAAUAUAUGGAUCAUGACUUAAUGGGACUGCUAGAAUCUGGUUUGGUGCACUUUUCUGAGGACCAUAUUAAGUCAUUCAUGAAACAGCUAAUGGAAGGACUAGAUUACUGUCACAAAAAGAAUUUCCUGCAUCGGGAUAUUAAAUGUUCUAACAUUUUGCUGAACAACAGUGGGCAGAUCAAGCUAGCUGAUUUUGGACUUGCUCGACUCUACAAUUCUGAAGAGAGUCGCCCAUAUACAAACAAAGUUAUUACUCUGUGGUAUCGGCCUCCAGAACUUCUGCUAGGAGAAGAACGUUAUACACCUGCCAUAGAUGUUUGGAGUUGUGGAUGCAUCCUUGGGGAACUGUUCACAAAGAAGCCGAUCUUUCAAGCUAAUUUGGAAUUGGCUCAGCUAGAACUGAUCAGUCGACUCUGUGGUAGCCCUUGUCCAGCUGUGUGGCCUGAUGUUAUCAAGCUGCCCUAUUUCAAUACCAUGAAACCGAAGAAGCAGUAUAGAAGGCGUCUAAGAGAAGAAUUCUCUUUUAUCCCUUCAGCAGCACUUGAUUUACUAGACCACAUGCUGACACUAGAUCCUAGCAAACGUUGCACAGCUGAACAGACCUUACAGAGUGACUUCCUUAAAGAUGUCGAACUCAGCAAAAUGGCCCCUCCAGACCUUCCUCACUGGCAGGAUUGCCAUGAAUUAUGGAGUAAGAAACGAAGACGGCAGCGACAAAGUGGUGUUGUUGUAGAAGAGCCACCUCCAUCCAAAGCAUCUAGAAAAGAAACUACCUCAGGGACAAGUGCUGAGCCUGUGAAGAACAGCAGCCCUGCACCACCUCAGCCUGCUCCUGUCAAGGCAGAACCUGGAGCUGGAGAUGCAAUAGGUCUUGGUGACAUCACACAACAGUUGAAUCAAAGUGAAUUGGCAGUAUUAUUGAAUCUUCUGCAGAGCCAAACUGACCUGAGCAUCCCUCAAAUGGCACAGCUGCUUAAUAUUCACUCCAACCCAGAGAUGCAACAGCAGCUGGAGGCCCUGAACCAGUCCAUCAGUGCCCUAACAGAAGCUAGUUCCCAGCAACAGGACUCAGAGCCCAUGGCCCCAGAAGAGUCUUUGAAGGAGGUACCCCCUGUCCCAGUGGUCCAGUCUUCAGAACAGACAACCCCUGACACUUCAGGCACACCAGCUGACAUGCAGAAUAUGUUGGCAGUUCUCUUGAGUCAGCUGAUGAAAACCCAGGAGCCAGCAGGCAACCUGGAAGAAAACAACAGUGACAAGAACAGUGGGCCACAGGGGCCUCGAAGAACUCCCACAAUGCCACAGGAGGAGGCAGCAGCAUGUCCUCCUCACAUUCUUCCACCAGAGAAGAGACCCCCUGAGCCCCCUGGACCUCCACCGCCGCCACCUCCACCCCCUCUGGUUGAAGGCGAUCUAUCCAGCGCCCCCCAGGAGUUGAACCCAGCCGUGACAGCCGCCUUGCUGCAACUUUUAUCACAGCCUGAAGCAGAGCCUCCUGGCCACCUGCCACAUGAGCACCAGGCCUUGAGACCAAUGGAAUACUCUACCCGAUCCCACCCCAACAGGACUUACGGAAACACUGAUGGGCCCGAAACAGGGUUCAGUGCCACUGACACUGAUGAACGCAACACUGGUCCAGCCUUGACAGAAUCUUUGGCCCAGUCCCUGGUGAAGAACAGGACCUUCUCAGGCUCUGUGAGCCAACAUGGGGAGUCCAGCAGCUACCAGGGCACAGGGUCAGUGCAGUUCCCUGGGGACCAGGACCUUCGUUUUACCAGAGUCCCCUUAACUUUACAUACAGUGGUCAGGCAACCAUUCCUGAAGGCUGAGGGAAGCAGUAACUCUGUGGUACAUGUAGAGAACAAAUUGCAAAACUAUGGGGAGCUGGGGUCUGGCACCACUGGGGCCAGCAGCUCAGGAGCAGGCCUUAACUGGGGGGGCCCCAGCUCAGUCUUCUGCUUUUGGUAAACUUUAUCGGGGGCCUUCAAGAGUCCCACCAAGAGGGGGAAGAGGAAGAGGAGUUCCUUACUAACCCAGAGACUUAAGUGUCCUCAAAGAUUCAUUUCCUAGCCUUUCUUCUAUACAAUCCUCUGAACCUUUAAUGAAAUCAUUUACUGGAGUGAGGUACUACUCAUUUGGCUACUCCAAAGCUGUCAUUGUAUUCCUUGCUCACUUGCUUCUAGCAGGCAAUUUACAAAAUAAUGUUGGCAUCAAUUCCCUCUGGACAGAAAAUAGCCAGGAUAUUUUCUUCAACUCUACAUGGUAAACAUGAGUAGAGGAAAUGGAGAGAGUCAUUAAAUUUAAGUGAAUGUUUUAUUAGCUUAUUGCCUGCACUUCUUGAGCAAAAGAGAACAAGAACAGUUUUGAUUUGAGAUGACUCAGGAGAGGUUUUAUAGUUUUUUGUUUUUUUUUUUUGUUUGGGGGGGGUUCCCAUUGUUUCUUUGAAAUUUUAUUUUUUUUCCAUUAAAGAAAAUAGCAUUCACAAAAUUUGAGAUGAGGAUAAAAAAGAGUGACUUGGCUGAUCUAAAUAAAUGUUUACUUCCUCUCCAACACAUUUGCUUGCGAGUGAAGAACUUUUCAAGUGAAGAACUUUUUAAAAAAAUAUUUCCCCGUUGAGCAUCUUAAACAUAUCUUUUUUCCAAAUAAAUUACUCAUCUUUAAAGUUUGCUUUGACAAAAGAUACGAUGCAUGAAGCAGGUUCUAGAAAGAAACACUUGGGCAAGUAGAUAAGACUCUCCCAUCUCUUUCCUAUUCUAAAAAAAUCCAUCUUUAAUAGUUCUCUUCUCCCAAUUCCUUAUUUCUUUCUUUGAGGCAUUUAUUUGGAAAAAAUUGAGAUGCCCAAGAAUCUGGGAUAAAAAAAAUUUUUUUUAAAUAAAGGAAAGGAAAUUUAAACUUCAUUGUUCCGUAACUCUUCAAUUCUAAAAUGCUUUUUGUUUUUGUUUUUUUUAAACCAUAUUCUGAUGGUGAAGUUGAUCUAUAAAUGCAGACAACCUAGGACAUUGCUGCUGAACUGGGGUUAGAGAUGAUUCCUCCUUAUCUAGAGGGCUAGUAAGAGCAGUUAGCAUAAUGUUUACACAUAUAUUUUUAUGUCAAAAAAAAAGUCUUUGAAACAGAGCAUUGUAAUAUUGUCAAGAGAAAAAAAAUCCUAAAAAUACAUGAAAAUGUAAUUUAGGGUGGGUAUUUUUCUGAAACUGUAUCAAUAUGUGA